AUAAUAACAGUGAAGGGAAAUGUUUUGUUUUUGUGGAGUAUUUUCGUUGGCUACAAUGAAUAUAAAAAAUGCUGUUGCACAGCCAUGAUGCUUCGUGCUGGAGCUCUUCCAGCUGCAGCCGUAGCUCAGGUUAGAAACACAAUUCAAGCGGUGAUGUUAUAGCACCGCCUUUAAUAAUGAAUUAGCAAACCUAGCAGUUAAAAAAAAAAAAAGAAAAUGCAUAGCAAUGCAUUGGUUAGUACAGUUGGGUUUGCCAAACUGGGGCCCCAGGACCUGCAGGGGUCAUACAGCAGGGUCACACAAACAAAAAGAAAGAUUAAAUGUAAUCAUUCUCCAGUAAAGGCCUAUCCAUGGUACCUACAGGAAUAAUGCUCAACAUUUACAUUUCAUUAUUUACAUUUACAUUAUUAAAAUAUUAGAUGUUUUAUUAUUAUUGAUGAUAUUAUUACUACUACUCAAGUAUACCAAUUAAUGCACAUCUGGAGUGUGUAUAGAAAGCGCUUGGCAGCACAGGGCGAUGAUUCCCUGACUAAGCAGAUCAAUGGGGCAAGGGCAGGACAGGAGAGAAACGAGGUGACUGGAUCUGUACAGUGUCUGACUUUGUCCUCAGCAGAUAUACUGUACCAUUCCUGUAUAUACCCACUGCUACACUGGAAUUAGCCUGUCACAGAAAUAUAGGGUGCUUGUUAAAAUGAUCAAUAUGUGAUGCACUUUCUGGUCCUUGACAAGUUAGUAUUUUACAAGAGUAUAUCUCCUCUUUUUUGGUGUUGCUUGUAUCAUCUCAUUAGAACAGCUUCCUCGUGAACUAAAGGACAAUUCACCAGAGCAAGGCGUAUGCGCUCUUUAAUUUCUCAAGGACUCUGCUGCCGGUCUCUGCAGCUCUCACCAAAUCCUCACACAUAUGCUGGGUUGUAUUUACUGUGUUUCCUGCAUGACUACAUGAUAAAUAAGACUGUAUUUACGUCUGUAUCUGUUGUGUGUAUGUGUCUGUGUGUUCACGUGUGCUUGUGUUUAGUGAUUUACUGUAUAGGGUUUUACCUUUGGAAUGAGGAGACGCAGUGGGCGGGCCUCACUCUCGGCCUCUUUCUACCGGGGACGGCAGUUCAACUGCUAAGUGUGAAGUGGUACUAUGAUGAUGGUGAUGACAGGCGAUGCUACCUCUCUGUCAUACACAUACUGCACUUGGGCAUCUUCAAAAGGUUAUGGGACUGUAUGAGGUCUGUGUUGCGCAUGCAGGGCUCAGUGGCUGAACUCGGAGCUGCUGUCAUGCAGCAGGCAGAUGUUGCUGCCCUUUGGCUGCUGGAGGCCCUCGUGCUCACGCUGCCUCAGAGCCUGCUGCAAGCGUAUGUCGUCGUGUCCACUGAUGUGGGCAUCAUGUCACCAGUGGCUUAUUGCUGCGGUCUGUGUGUUCUGUCCAUUUCCUGGGCCCUGGUGCUGUACAGCAGAGCGUGCUGUCUGAUCCGUCCAGGCCACCUGGCCAUGCCUCCGGCAGCCCUGCUGUGCCAGCUGGUGUGGAGGGCAGGCAUGCUGGGUGCCAGGGUGACUUGCCUCAUGUUCUUUGCCAGGGUGUUUAACUGGUGGGUCUGUGGAGUAGCAGGUUUCCACUGGCUCACAGCCUCCUUCUGGCUGGUAUCACAGCAACCAGACAUCUGCACUGGCCCAUGGUGCUGGCGUGCCUUUAAUGGCAUCAUGGGGCUCGUCCACGUCUUCCUCUUCCUCAACGUCAAAGAUGGACCCUCGCGCUUCCGCAUGGGCAGCUUUUAUGCAUUCAUGCUCAUAGAGAACGCCACUCUGCUGCUGGCCGCCUCCGACUUCCUCAGUGAAGCAUCAUGGGACAGCAUGACCCUUCCCACCACUGUGCUGUGUAGCUUUCUCCUCGGUGCUACCUCUCUUGUUCUGUACUACCGGUUCCUCCAUCCCAAGUCCACAGAGAUCUCCCAGGGUACCAACCACAACCACAUGGGCAGCACGUGUAUAGAACAGGGGGAGUCCUCCUUCUCUCUCGGGGACAAGAGCCUGCCAGCCCCCUCCAUUCAAAACCAUGGCAGCUUCUCCCUCUCAGGUGUGGCUGGUACGCUGCUGGAGCACCCAGGAACCUGUGGAGGCCGGCCUAACAGCUCCUGCCCUUGCUACCACCACCACUGGCUCUUGAUCCGACUGGCCCUUAAAACAGGAGACCUGGGCAAGAUCAACAGAGCGUACGGGGCUGGCGGAGCAGCAGCCAUACUGGACAUGGACGAGUACAACCAAGAGUUUAAGAGUAACGAGGGCAUGACGAUCACAGCAGGAGGCAGCUGUGACGCCGUCUCCACCUCCGAGUCUCAGGGGAAAGGCCUGGCACCGCUCUCGGACUGCAAAGACGAGUUCCAGAGCGUGAGCGAACCCUCGUCGAACGAUCGACCUGAAGAAGAGGACGACAGUCUGGAGAUGGAGAGCCCGCUGGAGUCACCCGAAUCAGAUUUUAAACGCAGCUCACCAGAGGGAAAGUCUAUGUUUGGAGACAGUCCAGAGCCAUAUUUCUGCCCCACAGAGUCUAGUUCAACCCUGUAUUUCAGCGCUGAUCCUCAGUCUCCCAGCAGCGCCAGUAACCCCCGUUUGGACAGGGACAUAGGGGGUCUGGAUCAGGGGGUUCGCCUCAACUCUGUCCCUAGCGAUCCAGCCCUUCACAGAGACAUCCGUGGGCUCAUGGGCCGGGUCGGGCCACGUUGCACUUCGACUCCUAAAUUGGACUCUGGAGUGCUGGACUCUCCGUCCAGUGUCCCUCAUCUCACAGGUCCCAGGAGGCAGCUCAUAAUGUCCCGAAGAGAUGAAGAUGAUAACUUCUAGCUUUCUCAUGACAGAAUCAGGGAAAGAGUAACAGCAACUUACCCAGCGUUAAAGGAAUACACCAGCUUUUUGGAAGGCUGCUUUUUCAUCUUCCUAGUGUUGUAGGAUGAAUCAGCUUGCAUAAAUUACAACCUUGUAUGCCUAUAUAUGUAGUACACUGUGGGCAUAGUAUAUGCAAAAAAUUUGAGAGAAUGCUAAGCUAGCCUGCACUCUUCUCAAAUCAUAAGCUAUUUUUUAAAAGCAUUGCUUUGCCCAAAUACCAAUCACAGUGGUGAAGCCUUCAGCAGUGCUUUCAUCUGACAUCAAGAAGCUAUUAAAGAGCUAAUUAGUGGUGUAUGGCGCUCAGACACACCUUCUACCUGAUGUUAAACAAACAUUUUUUUUUCAUUCUUUUUGCAGCAGUUAACAUCAUACUGUGCAAGAACACUAGUUCUGCCAUUGUAAUUACAUGUUAAGGAACUAGCCAUGAGUCAUAUCAAUCAAUAAGCGUCAUUAAAAUUAUGCAGCUGCUUUACGAUCUCAGACAGCAGAUGAUUUCUAUAAUACACACAGAAACUGCUGUUAUUCAGUCGCCAGCAGUUAAGAGAAUAGAGAAAUUAAUCCUAGAUCGAAAGGGUGUCUGAACUUUGAAUAUUAACCAUCUCAGUGUAAGCCGGAGCUUUGUUGGCUUCUUAAAAGCACAAGUAUCACCUGUAUCAUAUUGCUGUGAUUUUUUUGUUAUUCCCAUAAAAAAAAAAAAAAAAAUCCCAGUCCCCUCAGAGAAUAAUAUACUGUAUUUUUUUGUAUAACCAUGUCGACUGACAUUGCUUUGAGCAGGGCUAUAUGUCAACCUGGCAAAACUGUGUUUGAUGUUUUAUUUACAUGUUGACCAUGUAUUUGCUGAAAUGUUUUGGGAAUUUACAUUAUGUUGGAAAAAAAUAUAAUGUCUCAGGCAGUGACUUCAAAUUCAAACGUCUGUUGUGUAACAACAUGUAAAAAGAUGCUCAUAAGGUACUUGUAGUGACUUUUUUUAAUGUGCUCUUGAUCACUAUUUCGAAGGGACAAAUGCAUUUUUGCUCAUUACUGUUCUGUAAAAGGGAUGAAAUCCACAAAGCAGUGAAGUGAUGCUGGGUUUUCUCUUGCAGCCAGGUGACUGCCUGUAUGACAUUUUGAACUGUGAAGUGCAAGGCCACUGGUGGCUUUAAAUAAGCAAUAAAUAGCCCACAUAUUGGGGUGACUGGAAUACAA